ACUAACCUAUCCUGAUGAGACAUACAGUACUGACGAUCAAGUUUUGAUUUUCGCCUAUUCACGCCGUUUGAGCGUAUAAACAAUUUUUGCCUGUAAUAGUAUUACAAUACUUACAACUACGAUUGACUAAAAAAAAAUGAGUUCCAUAGGCACAGGGUAUGAUUUGUCUGCUUCUCAAUUUUCACCUGACGGACGUGUGUUUCAAGUGGAAUAUGCACAAAAAGCCGUCGAAAAUGGAGGAACAGUUAUAGGAUUAAGAGGAAAAGAUGGCAUUGUAUUUGCUGUGGAAAAGAUAGUUACUUCCAAGCUUUAUGAGGCUGGCACGAAUAAAAGAAUAUUCAAUAUAGACAAACAUCUUGGUAUGGCAGUUUCUGGUUUGAUAUCCGAUGCCAGACAGAUCGUAGAGAUCGCUAGAUCCGAAGCGUCCAGCUACAAAUCCCAAUAUGGAAUUGGUAUUCCUCUGAAAUACUUAAAUGAAAGAGUUUCUAUGUACAUGCAUGCGUAUACUUUGUAUUCGGCAGUCAGGCCAUAUGGCUGUUCUGUAAUACUUGGUGCGUAUGAACACGAUGGUCCGGCUAUGUAUAUGAUAGAUCCUUCUGGAGUUUCAUAUGGGUACUAUGGUUGUGCUGUUGGCAAGGCAAAACAAUCUGCAAAGACGGAAAUUGAAAAAUUGAAGCUAUCUGAAAUGACUUGCAAUGAAUUAGUAAAAGAAGCAGCACGUAUAAUUUAUCUUGUUCACGAUGAAUUAAAAGACAAGCAGUUCGAACUUGAAAUGAGCUGGGUUGGUAAACAUACGAAUGGAAGGCACGAGCGCAUACCGGCGGACGUAAAAGCUGACGCUGAGGCAAAAGCGAAACAAGCAAUGGCAGAAGAUUCAGACAGUGACACAGAAGACAUGUAAAUUGACUCGAUAGUCUUAAAGAUACUUUUUAUAUUGUAAGUUAUAAUUUAAAUACCUACAAAUUACUGCAACAAAUUUAUUGUCACCUUGAUAUAGACAAAUAAAGAAUACUGUCUGUUGUUUAUAAAA